AUGGAGAAGACGAUUCAGUUUUGGUUUCUCAACCAUCUACUUUAUCUCCUCUUUUCUUCGAGGAUGAUUCCAAUCAACGCUGGAGUGAAUCAAAUUUUCGAUGCUAUCUACCCAGCGGCUAUCUCCGUUGUACCAAUCGUGGCCCACAACGAUGAAAAGUUUCUCCCGAGGGUUUGCAUUUUCUGCAAUCAAUCCAUAAAUCUCUGGUAUUAUGAAAAACGGAUUACAACCAAUCCUUCCUUCACUCAAGCGUUUGAAAGGGUGACUAUCCCCUCUCAAUUUCAGAAAUUUUCUUUGCUUGAUGAAGGAUGGAUUUCCCGUUGUUGUGAUUCAGUUUCUGUUGAUCCGCCGCUCGGUCCUUCUCGUCACCGUCAAGGAAGUGUUUCUUCUCCUUCAUCAUUUCUUCUUUCCGCUCUUUGCGUCGUCCUCUGGUGGCUCUCUUUCCGGCGGCGUUGCUUCUUCAGCUUUUUAGUCUUUGUUUGGAUUCGGUGGUGUCGUUCUCCGGCGUUCCUGCGUGGUGGCUUGACUCGAGGAGGAGUGUGGCAUCAUGGUGAGGUUUCCGGUGUUCUCUCCGCCUCAACUUUCGUUUGCCCGGCGGCUUUCGGCGGAGGUCUUCGGUGGCGGUGUGGUUCCGAGUAG